AUGCCGCCCAAGCGAUCAAAGGGUGUCACGUUCAAGCUCGUGCAUCAGUCAUAUGAGGACGAGUCGUCCAACGCCGUCAUGGUGGAGGAGCGAGAGGUGCGCCGCCNCCUGCCGGCAGCCGCUGAACCGCGCCGCCGCCGCCUGCGCGACGAUGACGACGACGACAACGACAUGGGCGACAACGGGUCGGCCUCCGUCAGCGAUUGGGCGCACGAGUGGGCCUCCACCGCCUCCACAACCGCCGCGUCGUCGUCGGCGCGGGCCGGUGGUGUGCGGCUCCCCGGUGAGGACGAGUACACGAGCAAGCGGAACCUGCUUCGCGCGCAGGACCCGGACGACGACGAGACCAACGGCGGCGACGACGACGACGACGACGAUAAGCUGUUCGAUGACCAAGAGGAGGUGGAGUUCACCGACGACUUCCUGCGCGAGGUGGUCUUUGGUGACGGUGAUGAGGAGGACAACGAGGCAGGCGACAACGACGACGACGAUGAUGCUGCUGCGCACAUGAGUGGUGGUGCGCAUUGCGACGAUCAUCUGUACCCGCAGCAUGACGUCACGAAACGCGGCAUGGAUCGCCAGUUCACGCAGAUGAUGCGAGAGUUCAAUGUCGACGCCCGCCUGAACGACGCGUAUACCGAUGACCCGCGCGCACACGGCCCGCUGGGCGUGAACCACUACCUUCGCGCCCUCGAGGAGUUUGUCGUUGACAAGGCCGGCGUCGACUACAGCACUGCGGAGCCGCGGCGCAACAAGGGGCUCAUACAGCAGCUGAAGCACAUGGCACUCCUGGCAGGAACAGAGAUGAGCCCAAAGGGUGAGGUGUACACCACGACAGUGUUGCCGGAGAAGCAGGCGCGCUUCGUGGCGGAGUUCCAACGCGAGACGGAGGAGAUUCAGCAGGCAGCGCGGCAGCGCAUGUCUGAGCAGCGGCGGGACGAACAUGGUGGAGAAUAUGAGGUUGAUGAGGGGAGGCAGGAGCAGGAGCGAGAGGAGGUAGAAGAAGAAGAAGAGGUAUAUGUCGUGAGGGACGUUGGAAAUAAGUCAAACCGGCUUGACUGCGAGACAGCGGUGUCGACGUAUUCGACGUACUUUAACCAGCCCAACGUCAUUCGGGCUCCGGAGACGGGGAAGCGGCGGAGGGGACGAGGGGCGGCGGCGAUGCCCUCAUCAUCGUCCUCAGCGUCAGCCCAACGUCAGCUGCAGCAGCAGGAGGAGGAGGAGAAAGACAUGGAGGGGGCACCGCAGUUGGACACACAGCUGCUCUUUUUUGCGCGGCACAAGGGGGAGACGAAGGAGGAAAAGAAAAUGCGGCAACAGCUAGCGAAGCAGGCGCAACGCGAGCGGCGGAGUAAGAAACGGGAGUUGAAACAAGUGUACAGCACACUUGAGGCCGAUGAGGCGAGGCGGGCGAAGGAGUCCCAGACAGCGAAGAAGACGGUGCACUUCUUUUAG